CUUAAAGUGGGGAACGAGGGGAAAUAGCGCCAGCUGGUGUGAGUCACCCGUCUGAUGCGGUUCUCCAUUUCUUAUUUCAGUCCAACAUUUGAACUAAACAAAAUAGACUAGUAAAGAGCAUCUGAACUGAUUACGUCGUCGCCUUCACAGGGCAUGAAAAGUAAACAUGGCUGAAGAUGACGAGGUUGACCAACCAUCAAUAGACGCUGGGAAGAGGGUAUUAGUCCCAUCAAGUGAAAAAUUGAUAGAAGAAACGCAAGGAAGAGAUGCAGAUUCAAGUCUGAGCAUUUCUUUGCCAAAAUUAGGAUUUUGGAACGGCGAUCCUGAACAGAAUGCUAGAACCGUUUGCAUAUGCGUGGUUCAUUACACUUUUGCCGGUCAAAGGGGCGACCGAAGUAAAGGAGACAAAAUAGAUCUGGAAAAUUUAGAGACCGCUUUUAAAUCGCGGCGGAAUUGUCGCUUCAGACGAAUGUCUCCUGGAAAAGAGGAGCUUUAUGGCAUUUUGGAGAACAAACCAGUGUCUGGAAAUAACAGUCUCGGACAAUUGCAAGCAAAGUUUGACCUUCAACAAGAUGAGGUGCCGGAAGUUUUUGCGCUUUUCAUAAUGACGCACGGACACAAAGAAGGAUUGCUUAUGACUGAUGAAAAUGAAAUUUUAAUUGUUAGUGACAUUUUGGAAAAACUCAGUUGCCCCUUUUUGAAGGACUGUUUGAAAUUAGUAUUUGUUUCGGCUUGCAGAGGAGAUUUUUUAGACAUGACUGAAAACCGCGUUGACAUGAACGAUUCCGUCGCAAUUCCGACUGGGGUUAAUAGACUCAGCAAAGAUCUGAAGCCGGGGGAAAAUUUAGACGCAGUGAAUGUCACGACUGAACCCAACUUGCCAAAUUUUGUGAUAGUCUUUUCCUGUGUGGAAGGAUCUUUUUCUUUGAGAGAAAAUAAAACCGGAACGCAAUUGGUCCACGCAGUUUGCGAGUGUCUGAAUAAUCUUGAAUGGGACGUCGAGUUGGAAGUUUUCCUGACCAGGGUCAUGAAACUUGUGCACGACAAAGCUGCAAAACGCGAGUACGGUUGCACGCCGCAAAUCCAGAUUUUCCCCCACAGAAAGUUUACAAUUUCCAGUGCCGACGUAGAAACUCGAAGGCCUUUGGAAACAACUUUUGUCUACGAUUGGUACUCAACAAAGAAAAGGAGCCUCAGCAAAAAAGAGGCGCAUUUUUACUGGCGAGGGAACAACAUGAAAGCCAGGGAGCUCGCAAAAUUAUUUGCCAACAAAUUCAAAUUCAACGUCCAGUGCCAUUCAAAAUACAAGUGUUUGCUUUCUGCUGUGCAAGGAGAGGUGAGCGAGGACGGCUGCGUUCUGAUUUGCGUUGUCGCCCCAAUGCAUGUGGACGAGGAAACAUUAGAGUUUUACAUGACUUCAAAAAAAGGAGAUGGAGUUUCAAUAAAGGACUUCCAGUACAGCUUGAUUGGCCCUGAGAACAAGAGAUGGACUGGAAAGCCAAAAAUUUGCCUGUUCCUCAACCAUCCAUUCAUUGGAACUGACGUUAUGGGGGAAAUUCCUGAAGCAUUGGAUCUACAAAAAUGUGGUACUACACACAGUGGCCUUCUAAGCCUUAUUCUACCAAGCGAUGAUGCAACAUCCAUAAUUCACGAAGCUAUGAGUGCAGCCGACCUGCAAAGCGGAAACCUCCACUUGCAACAAGUGUUCAUGGACGUCCUAAGGACGACUGCAAAUGGCACCGAGACACAGCCGCAGUUUUGGAGCACCUUGCAGUACCUUUUGGACUUUCCGAACCCGUUCCUCCUCAUCGAUCAUUCGCCGAAACCAGGUCGCAAAGGCGUCCGUCAGAGUUUUAUCAAAAACGUCACCCUGGCGUUGAAACACAUGAUAAAGGAAAUUUUCAAAUUGGACUCUGUUGGAAAAAUGCCUUUUGAGGAAAGUUCCGACUAUAAAAUUUGUUUGCUUUCGUCUCCAUCUGGUUCAGGAAAAACUCUCUUGACGGAGCACCUGGCCGAUAAAUUGAGGCAGCGAUUGGGGCUGGUGACGGAAAUUCACGUGCCAAAGGAAUUCGACUUUCUGAAGGACUUCAACUGGGACCUUGGAGUGAAGGAGUUCAUCGAGGAGUUCAGCAAAGCCAAAAACGAGGGCCGAGAGUUCAGCCCUGGCCAGGAGAUAGUUUUGCUCGACGGUUUUGACGCAGUGGAUUUUUCAAAAAGAGAACCGGUUUUGCAAAUGUUGGCGAAAAUCGCCAAAGAGAAAAUCCCUCUUUGGAUCACGGCCCGGCCCUGCGACGAGCAGCGAAUAAUUGAGGCGUUGGGCGAAUUUCAAGUGGAACUUUUGACCAUCGACGAGUUGCAACGCGAGGAGCAAAUCGAGUUGCUCUAAAUGCACCACGACUUUGACGACGAGCAGUGCGCGCAACUCUUGACAAAAAUCGAGCAAAUGCAAGCGCAGGAUUUGCUGCAAAACCCUUCAAAUUUGGUUCAAGUUGCGAAUUUUACAACAGAAAAUCCUGAAAUAACAUUGUCCGAACUCUGUCAAAAUAUUUUGACGCAGAGAGUGAAGUUUGAAAUGAAAACGAGGGAGGGAAUCGGCGGUGAACGCUUCAUCCGAAUGCAGUUGAAAAAGAGGUUGGAACAGCUGCAGGCAAUUGCUCUGCAACACUUUGCUGGGGAAACGUUGUCUUCUAGAGAUGAAGAGGACGAGUGGAAAGUUAAUGGCAUGGGAAUCGUGACGAUUGCUGGAGGAAAAUCGACAUUCGAGAGCAAAACUCUGGCACAGUAUUUAUUAGCGAUUCUCUGGUGUGCAGGAACUAAUGAUGAGGAGGUUGAAAACAUUUCAAAGUCGGAAGAAUUGGCGCUUGUUAAAAAAAUUAAAGAGGAAAUUGAUAGCAAAUAAAUUUAUUUUGUGACAAUGUACAAUCAAUUAUUUUUUAUAUUUAUUCUGAGCUUCUAUUUCAUCAGAAAUUUUCUUUGGAUUAUAAUUCAAAUAGGCGCCUGUCGAUUAUAAUUUGCAUUUCCUUAAUUAUUUUAUUUUCUGUAGCAAUUAAAAUUCAAAUCAUUUAAAUAUCAAAUUAAAAAAUUUUUAAGAUAAUAAUUCUCUUAUUAUUUUUUGUAUUAAUAAAAUAACUGUAUUUUUCCUGAUCGGCACUAAAAUAACUUUUUUUAUUGGAAGACGGAAUAAUUAUAUCUCACAAUCUUUUUCACAAUUCUGUCAAAUUUUAAACUUACAAUUGAUAAGAAGAAAAAUAUAUUUGUAGCAGAACUACUGUAUGUGAUUUUUAUUUUAUGCAGUAGUGUUGGCCUGAUGAACUAGAAAGAAUUCAUGCUUUUUAUAAUGAAUAAAAAAUUUAAUUUUCUGGAAGA